AUGUGCUCACCUCCUUGGUUCUAUGACAACUAUUCCACAUGUCUUCAGUACCUGACAGAGAGUGUGCUGGUGGGGAAGAGAGUUAGCGCCUUGUCUGUUGGUCUAGCCUGUCUCACCUCCUGUGCCGAUCUCGCUCCCUCCCUUCUGCCUUCUCUCUCCCCCUACCUUCCCUUCACUGUCCACCCAGACCCCAAGCUCAAGAGUCGGUCUGCUAAGCUGCUGGCUGUGCUGCUGAGAGCACUUCUUAGGGAGAGUCGCGGGGAGGCAUCUUCACCGCUGGUAUCCGAGGCUGCCGCAGCACUGCACAGUGUCCUAACUGACAGUUCUCCAGUCGUACUAAAGGCCGUUUGCGAGAGUCUGCGUAUAUGUCUCCCUUCUCUGGCUGCUUCCUCCCAACCCAAGCUUGCUGUGGAGUUGGUGGAGCCUCUGUUAGCUGCUGCUUCUUCCUCGUCCUACUGGCUUGCCAAAGUGGAGCUGCUCCGCACGCUGGCCUGUCUUCCUCUCACAGCUCUGGCACUCUCCCUCCCCUCUCUCCCACACUCCCUCCUCUCCCUCUGUGUGUUUCCACUCCUGGGAGACACAGAUCACAGAGUCAGAACUGCAGCUGCUGAGGCUGUUUCUCUCUUAGUUCCCAGCUUGCAGCUGACCUCUGACCAAGUCCUUGCCCACGCUCAUUGGGAGGUGUCCCGCGAGUUCCCUCCGCUACACAGCUCCACACCACAGCUGUCCCUUGCCUCUGUUGGCAUGCACAGCUGCAAGAUCACUCCACCCAACCCCUCUGGGUUUGCAGCACUUCCUCUUGGUUCUUGCAUGCCUCAGGCCUGGGGCUGUGACUGCCACAUUCCCUCUCUCCUACCCACGACUCUUUCUCUGCUUACAGCAUCCCAGCUGGCCUGGACUGUCCAGGGGCAGCAGCAACUGCUUGAUGUUAGCUCCUCUCUCUUCCUCUCCUGCUCGCUGUCAGCUAUGGAUCGACUGGUUCAGAGUGGCCAGCCCCCGUCCUCCUCUCUCCUGGGCAGCAUUAGGUGA